AUGUCCCCUCAUGAUGAUCAGCUUCAUAGGAAUAAGAGGAGAAAGGUGGAUUCUGCGCAGGGAAAUGAUGCUUCUACGGACAUAACGUCUCACGGCCAACUACGCAAUCUUUUAACCUUCCAACAGAAUAUCAACGAGGUCAAACAAGGUCAAGUAACACUAGGCAUUAAGAAAUUCAAAGAUUUUCUUCUCGCAACCGGGCAAACUGAGAAUGAGGGCGAGAAAGCCAAGAAAUUCCGUAUCCUCAAAGCCUAUUGCGAUUCGCAGAUAUCGCAUGAAGAAGAGCCUUCUUGCUUCCCAGAUCUGAUCCAAACUUGGAAUUUUGCAGAUAGCAACAAUAAUGAGUCAUUGCUGACUGUGGUUCCGUCGGUGUUGGCUCUUUUUAUUAAGACGGUGUCUACUAAUUUGGAUUUUCGUGACUUUGGAUUAGCUCUAUGCAAGUUUUUGUUGAAAAAGGAACAACUGAGGUUCUUCAACCGCGGCUUGACAGCUACGAAAUCUAAGGAGCAUUUGAUAUCGCCCUGUCUUCGUCUCCUUACUGAAAUCGUCAGCUUCGACGGAGGUGCUGUUGCACGGCAUGUCUACGCCGUGCGGUAUAUCACUUUUAAACGCAUAGAAGUAUUUCUAACUCCGAACAAAUCUCAAUUAGAGGAGGCUUCAGAUGAUAUUCAGAAGUCGACUCUCCGACGGAAUGCUCAACGGUAUGUUCUGGCAAACUUGAGAUUCCAGCAUGCUAGUGCGAAGAGCGACAUUAUCGAACAGCACAAGGUCAUCAGAGCAUUCUUGGAGUACGUAAGAAAGGAUCCCCGAGAUACUGUUUUGGAUAUCAUCAAGGCCAUAGAGAGGGAUAUUGUGCAAGAUACAUCCCUUUCCAGGAAUGCGAAGACGAAGUUUUUCAACCGAGGGAACUUGGAGAAGCUUGUGACGCUCUACGGCUAUGACAGAGAGUCUGAGGAGCCGAAUCCCACUGGCGUAUCUAUCGCCAGUGAGAUCCAUAAGAUCUUGAUGAAUGUCUGCACUAACUCUAGUAAUGGUGUCUUACUGUCGGAGACGAGCUGGUACCCUAACGGGAGUGACCCGGAGUCCUUGCCAGGCGAGGAAGACACAUCGAUCGACUUGGGGCUUGAUUCUGCAGUAUACGUCGACAAAUAUCGAGAGUCUGUGCCAGUUCGUAACGGGAUAUUAUCUUACCUCGCUCAGACUCUGCGUCCAGACGCAGACAGCCUGCAGAUUGAGCUUCUGGUAGCUAUCUUUAAAGAAGCACCGGAGCUUGUUGCCGAUUUCUUCACAAAGAAAACAAUGUUUGUUUCAGACCCGAAACCCACAUCAUCAUGGAUGGCAGAGUCCGCGCUUCUUUUCUCCACAGUCAGCUUGCCUGUUCCAACGAAUUUUGGUUGGAAGGAUAAAUUGCCUUCUAUGCCGCCUCCCGUAUCGGUAGUAAUCGAGAACAUCCUGCCUCGCCCGCUUACCCAGAAAACCCUAACCCGCUGUUUGAACCUAAACGCGGAGAUAAUUACUUUGUUCGCGGUUCGGAUUUUGACAAUCUCUUUCAACAAGCUGCGGAAGGUUCUUCGUAUCUUUAAUUCAGAUCAUGGUGUCAGCCAAUCAUUUUGGACUCAGGCCAAGGGCAAACUAAUCGCGGAGUUCUGUCGCCGAUGUCCCGCAAUGAAAGAUGUUGUAUCACUGUACAAGAAAACUGCUAAGGAGGAUCUGCAGCAACAAGAAGCUGUGGCCGAACUGCUCUCUUGUUUCUAUGAGAUUGUGCCUGAUGUGGCAUUUGAAGAAAUCUUCGAUGUUUCUCUCGUUUUGGUUGAUAUCUUGAAACGCUUGGACGAGUCAAGUCCUAGCGAGGAAGACUCGGAAUCAUUGCUUGCUCAGUUGGGUAGCAUCCUUAAAAUCGCACAGCAGUCCGCAUCGAUGCGUUGGUGGCAACAACCUGGCAAGUACACCGUUGUAGUAGGGGCAUCAUCCCCUGACUCUCUCAGAAACAUUGAGGUCCUGUUGAAGACUGUGCUUACGGAGAACUCGAUCUUGCAUGGUUCAAGCUCCUUUCAGUCACUCUUAUCCAGCUUUGGGACGUCUGACUCCGGAAAUCUCCGCCAUCAACUAUCCUUUUUCGAUAACUGUGUUUGUCGGGUAGCGAAAAAACCGGUUCACUACCAGGACUUGCUUGGGUCGCUAUGUGAGGACGUAUCUAAACCGGUCAGCCCUAUCGUAGCUGCUAUCACCGAACAAUGGCCAUUUGUUGUUAAGUCUGGAGGUGAUGCAGAAAGCGCUGUUGGUGCAUGGAUUGCCAAAACUCUUGGGAAGUUGAAAGGCUCUGGGGAAGACCCGAAAGCGUUAAAGGCUGCCCGGGAUACUUUGGUAGCAGCCACUGAGAACAAGCGCACCAAGUCAACUCUGAAAAAGGCAUUGAAAGAUACCGAGGAGGAGACAAGUCAGGAUAGCAACAGACGAGAGUCUAGCACAACACAACCGACAACCUUACGUUCGAGCAACGAGAAGUCAACCGUGGACUUGGAGGAGAUAUUCGGUACCUUACCUACGGAAGGCACAACUCACAAUGCGUUGCACAGAUGGGAGAAGGAGGACAUCGAGAUCUCCGUUGAGCAAGGCCGGGUGGCAGAUCUGAUGCUCUGCCUGUGCUCAGAACACGAAGAAGUCAGAAGACAGGCAUUCGCUAAUAUAACUCGAUUUAUGUCUAAGAUUCGAGAAUCUAAAUAUGUCGAGUGGAGGUCAGUGUUCCUCCUCACCGGUGAACUCCUAGAGACGGUGAAGCAGAUUGGACUGGAGUCGCCCGUGCCAUGGAUUGUGGGAGAGUGUGCUUCCAACUGUCUCGCGGUUCUCGUCAACCCAAUGCACAAGCUCUAUGGAAAAGUCAACAAGUUCCUCCAAAAGGCACCUUCCUGGGAACCAGAGAAGAUUCCAUCAUAUUGGAUUGACAAGAUCCUGUUGCACGAACCCGAAUUGGAUGAUGGUUACUUCGAGGAGACGAACUGGCUACUGGAUCUACUUAUUAAAGGCCUUCGUACAGAGACUGAUAUGGGGAUCUACCGCCGCGCGAAUGUGUUUGAACGAGCACUUUCUUUCUAUGAGUCACCCGGACCUAGCCUUCCAUCCAAGCGAAAGAUUUUACACCUGCUGUAUCGCUCGACACAGGUACAAGGUAGCACAACUUUGAUUACUCGGGCUGGUAUUGUUAGCUGGAUCCAGAGCCAAAUUCCAGCAUUGGGUGGUAAGGAGGUGCCAACUUUCACAGCCAUGGCGUUCUCUUUGUAUGAAUCAUCGGAACAGGAUCGGGUUAUGAAAUGGAGUGGAGGAUCUGUGGCACAGGCUGUGGAAAACAUUGCUGUGUAG